CCUUAGUGAUACAACGUGCAUGCAUCGUUGAAUGGUGUCGUACGAUUGGUAACGAGACGUUGAUCGAAUGCCUCAAAUGGUCGAUUGAUGCGUUGGCAUUGAAGCCACGGCAGAUAACUUUUGGUUCUUGUUCCUCUUUUUAUUCAUUUAUUAUUCAACUUUGUAUAGCCAUGUAUAUGUUUCAGCCUUUCUACUGCUAGAUCAAGCACAAUCUGUCUAAUAUCACAACAGGUAACAUCUUCAUAGCCUCAUAUCAUGUCAUACAACUCUCUAUUCUCACUACGCACAUCUACCUCCUUUUAUCCAUAACUAACAACUCACAUCGCACAGCAUUCUCACCCCCCGCAAGUCAACCGUAACAGUAACCAUCGCUGCACAAACCUCGCCUCGGAAUCCAUUGAUUGGGACAUGAAUGCACGUCUUACUCUCACUACACUCGUCGGGCUGCAGCGCCUAUAUGCAUGCAUCCCUCCUUCAUGUCGUUCCUCAAGAAACAUCUCUCUCACACCAUGUUCAAUUGCCAUAUUUCUGCCUGAUCCCGUUAUCGUAGACGUAAACUUAAAUAUCCAUCUCUUCAGGCCUCAUCCCAAGAGAUAAGAAUAUUGUCCUGCAUCAUGUUUUGCUGAUUUUGGUGUCGUUAGACGCCCCCUUUUGCACUUUUAUAUCAAUGUUUUGACUCUAUUCUGCUUGAGAUCUGUGAGAUUUAAUGUAUAUCCCUAUAUCCUCGCCUCACCUGCAGGCUGCCCGACGCCAUGGAUCCCCAGCCAUUCUUCAUCCACUCACGAAGCCCUUCAGCCAUAUUAGCCCAUAUCCCACUCUUAUAAGGAGACAAUUCUCUGAUAACCCAACUACGAAUAACAACAUCAAGAUUGGACUCAUUGUGGGCUUUACCCUUGCUGCAUUCCUGGCCAUUGUCAUCACCUUUUUGUACUUCUACUACAGAUCUGCACGGUUUACUUUUAGGAAGAAGAAACAUCGCCGGCAUCAUCAUCACCACCACCAUCAUCAUAGGAGGCAUAAAUCGAUGAGCAGUGGAGGCUCGAGACAUUCCGAUAGGAGUGCUGCUCCUGCGGAUGAUGCACCUCCGCCUCCACCUGAUAAGCCGGCAGAUGGGUAGCAGGGGGAGAAGCCCUGCCUUUUGAAUUCUCUAUUUCAUGUGUAUCCUUUGAGUGUAUUAGUGCUUCAUUCUUUGACUUCGAAAAGUAGAGUCCCAGGGCAUCAUGUUUGUGUAGUUGGAUUCAUGUAUCGUAUCAUUUGUAUUCUAUUAGCCCGUCUUCGAGAUAUUCAUAAGCUUCUUUAUUGUCUCCUCCCGGUAUAUCAUACAGUCUAUUGCUCUUCAUGUGCAGUGGUCUAACAAACAGAAACAACAUCCCUAUCCCGCCUAUGCCAG